UCACAAGUCAUAUGCUCUUAUACAGUUUAAGAUGUUUGACAAGUGUAUAUACCUAAAAUGACUAUGCUCAUGAAUAUUUAUAUACAUGGUUUCAUAAAUCAGAGAUAUAUUGUAUAUAUUGUAAAACCCACAUUAUAAACAUUAUAAAUCCGUACAGUAAAUAGCAAAGUAUUAACUCAAAGAAUCAUUAUGUUAAACAACUUCUUUUUUUUAAUAUAUCGUCACGAAAUUACGGCCUACAAAUCAGGCCAAAUAUAGCGUUCAUCGUGCACUGCUGAUGUAAUCCAGUCUGGAAGUAGGCCAGGUUGUAAUUACGUCAGUCUGCAGUUAAUAUUUUUGUAUGUUUUGUAUGUUUGACGUUGACGUUGGGCAUUUCAUCUAGGGUGUUAUGUUUUCUCUAUAUUAAAAUAUCUACCAUGCUUCUUGAUUAAUCAAAACAAGUCUACAUUCUGGAUAUGUUUUGCUCGAGAGAGUGAAUGUGAAAUGCUAUGGGCUCGUAUACGGUAUUCCCAACAGGCACUAUAUCAGGUCUAUAAAAAAUUUAAAGUACUUCAUGUAGUAUUUUAUUGCAGUAUUAAGCCAUCUGAAAUUUAGUAGUAGUUUCAUAAAUUAAAAAUGGUUUAAGUUGUAUACUGUUAAAACAAUUGUAAAAACUGUUAAUUCCCUAGUAAAAUAUUUCAUUGUCUUCUACAUGCCCCCAAUCAAAUUCAUUCUAAUUUUAGGGAGUAUAUAAGCACUGUAAAAUGUUUCAGAAGAUCGGUAAAACAUAGCAAACGCUUUCUAACGGUAUAUGAGCGUAACUGUCUUUAUGUGGGCGUAUUUAUUUUUUUCUGAGGUUUCUUCAUUUUUUCAUACGUGCAGGUAACAUUUAAUUUAUUUUUAAUUUUAUAAAAAUUAACGCGUUUAUUUUUUCAGUUUCUUACUACUGUCCGUUUGCUUCGCGUGCAUUUUUAACUGUGGUGCCAAAAGCCUCCAUAAUUUAAAUGGAUAUUCCACCGACAGGUUGCACAUAUCGUAGAAUAUAUAGACACACUCCCUAUUCCAUAUUACAUACACAAGCCGGUUUAUUUAGUGGGGAAAAUAUGAAUAGUGCAAGAGGGGGAAAGCUUCCCGCAGACCUUUGGAGGAUUGAUUUACGCCCCAUUGACUCUUUAUCAGGCUCGCGAAAAAAGACUGACCAAUCAUUUUGCUCCUAGCACACAGCAUAACAGCUCGACUCCACUUUGUUGGAGAGCGAAUACAGGGAGCAUCUUGGAUAGGGGAAAGCCCAGUUCUAUGGUGUAUGGUUUCCCUUCAAUGAACCGCACAUAGUAUAAUGUCCGAGAAUGUCCAUUUCUGGACCUCUAAGCAACUACUAUGUCGAUUCCAUCAUAAGUCAUGAGGGGGAAGAUCCGAGCGCAGCCCGAUUCUCCAAUGUACAGUAUUCCAACACUAGGCAAGCAGGACCCGGGGAACAUCAUGAAUUCCCUUCGUGUAGCUUUCAGCCCAAGCCUCCUGUGUUUAGUUCAUCAUGGAGUCCUUUCAGUCCCCACACACCCAAUAGCUUACCGGCGGUCUACCAUCCCUAUAUCCCAGCGCAGCCCGUGCCUUCAGCGGACACCAGGUACCUUCGCACAUGGCUCGACUGUGCACCAAGAUCCGAGCCACUGGACGGCCAGAGCCAAGUCAAGAUGGAACCACCCCUGGGACACCUCGAGGAGCCUCCGAAGAUUGGAGUACAGCACGAGUAUGUUUUGGAAUCCUCCUCAGCUCGGGAGAUAAAUCUCGGCCACGGCUCUGGAUUUGAAGACAGCAAGGAUAUUUGUGACGGUAGUGAAGACAAAGAGGGACCGGAUCAAAACGAUCCAUCAGCCAACUGGUUACACGCUCGCUCGUCUCGGAAAAAGCGUUGUCCGUACACUAAGUAUCAAACCCUCGAGCUUGAGAAGGAGUUUCUCUUCAACAUGUAUCUUACCCGGGACCGGCGACACGAGGUAGCGCGCUUGCUGAACUUGACGGAGAGGCAAGUUAAAAUUUGGUUCCAAAACCGAAGGAUGAAAAUGAAAAAAAUGAAUAAGGACCAGUCCAAGGAAUAAAUCCAAGGAACACAACUGUGUGUGUGCCCAGCCUUUACCCCUGACCUCUGGACAAUGAUAAAAGAUGUUUGCAGACUAGUUACAUGUUUUUUUUAAAUAUUCUGGUAAUGCAUAUCAACACAACCUGAUUAUUCUUUUUAGAAAGCUAUUUAAGAUCAAGAACAGUAGUAACCAAUUAUAAAACGACAUAAAACAAAAUCAUGUAAUAUACACGAGUGUGCUAUAUGCCUACUCGUUGUCCUCUGUUCUGAAUUUCUUUUACAGUUUAUUUUAUAAUCAGAAAUAUAAGUGCAGGUACUUAUAUGCUUGAAUUAAAAAAAAAGUUACUUUGUAAAGUUUUUGUAGGCUUUUUUUAUUCAAUGGCAAUAAGCGUGGUUACAACUAUAACAAAUCUGAAAUUUAUUCUUCUUUCUUUGCUUAAGGGAAAUUAUGCCCUGACAAAAUAUUCGUAUAUGCAUUCCAUAUUAGAUAAAAUGCUUCGGGUGACUUUUAAGAUUUGUUUAAUUUUAAGGAAAGCUCUUGAUCCUGGAAGAAAAUUUGAACUUUACUCAUGAAUAUGUCUCAAUUAAUAAGUUUAAUUAUAUAGCAACCUAAUUCAUCCUGCUUUUGGUUUGGAAUUGACAUAGAAACAUCAUCUGAGUUUAUAGUUCACAAAGCUUUUGGAACAUAAAGUAAAAGCAAGAUAUUGGAACCAUUCAACAUUUAUUGGAUACUAUGUUACUACGAUUUAACUUAAUUGCUGCCCAAGUUAUCAAAUGAAGGAGGAAACAACUUAUAAACUAUUUCUGCUGGAUGUGUGUAUAUGUAUGUAGCUAGCUUGUCAGUAACAAACAAUUCGGUUGUAAACUAGCGGUGGUUGUAAAAGUUUACAUGCUUUAGCGCAUGCCUUGUAAAGUUUUUAGUUUCCUUUUACUUGAUUUUUUUUUAAAAAAUUAGGUAGUACAAUACUAAGCUCUCCCUUAUGUAUUAGAAUGAUAGUUAUAAUUUAUUCCAAAUGUUAUUGCGUUUCUUUUCAGUGGAAUGUUUUUACAUUGUAUAAAAAGACGAGACCUUAUAGCUUACUUAAAUAAUCAAAAGUUCUUUCUGUUUUCAGACACUGUUUACAUAUUGUUGUCUAUAAAUCUCUGAAAUUUGUGUUAACACAAAAGUAUUAUGUUGCAAAGUAUACGUUUGUUUAACAUUACAUUGUUUUGCUUGUGAAGAAGUAGUUGCUGAAUGGACCUUUCUGUAGUCGCGUGGGCGUCUGUCUGCAGCUUGCUUUGAGGUGUGGAAUUCCUACAGAUUUUCUCAAACGCUGUCACAGCCACCUACAAAUUGACAGACAGAAAUGGACCCAUAUUACAAGUUUACACGGAUCACUGUCUGAGUUCUUGUCAUUGACGUAUAUAACUGAUGUAUAUUUUUUACAAGGGAUGAAACCAAUAUUCCCCAUUCAGUGUUGACAUAAACCGUUCCUACUGAAUAAACAGAGAAAAUUUACUCCUGUGU